ACAUCGUCAAAAGUGAUCGCGCAAAGGAUUUUGUAAGAUUUUACUUUUUGAGCGAUCCUGUAGCGUCCGUUCGGGCAGAAUGAAAAUAAUAAUGGGGAUGUAUAUUUUGUGUAUACACUGUUUCUCUCCGAGAGCAGUCCACGUAGCACGUAAGCAGCUGUUAGGGAUUCUACACAUGGGUAUAGAUAUAUUCAUGGUGUAUAUAUAUAUAGAUCUCGAUGGGCAAAUGUUCUAUAUGUUGAUACUAUAUACGAUGCACAACUCGAGUCAGUUCGAGACGAUGUCGUGUGAUCGGCGAACUCGUAUUGUGUUCCAUUAAAACUAGAACGUAUAAUACGCGCAAUUCUUUAAUCACAAACCAAUGUAACUGUUCCAUUUUGAAGCGAAAAGUUUCCAAGUGCUUACAAUAAUAAAAGAACGUUAAGACUCGUUACAUUUGAUAACCGAAAAUAAAUACCAGUUUUUAACCUUUUCCAUCCGCCAUGUAGUGUGGAAAAAAAGAGCGGUCAAAAAUAGAGUGAUAACCAACCCUAUUAUUCCGUAUUGUUUUAUCUUACCGGAUAAUUCUACAUUAUUGAAGAACGGACAAAUGAAAAACGGUGAAGAAAAUGCAACGUUUCGGCGAAUUUAAUGAUAAACAUUUGAAUAUCAGAUGUUGAUGAAGAUUUACGUUGUUUGCUCAAACUCCUACGAAAAAUCGGGUAGCGACAACGUUUCAAGUUUUUUAAAAUCAUAUUCUCCUUUCCUUAUGAAGUAGAUAGAGAACAAUAAUUCAGAAUAUUCAAGAAUGCACACUGAGAGCUGUCCAUCUUCGAAACUAUCCGGUGGCUUGGAUGUUUGCUCCACGCCCAAUAAUACUUUCAUCCUGGAAGAGGAUCUUGCGCUAAGUUCGUCCACUCUGGGUCUACAUGACAAGAGUCUGCAGGAUCAUCCGGAUGUAUCAUCAGGUAUAUACAAUCCGAGCCGUAGCUUGGUGUAUUUGAACGAAGAAACUAUGGAUUGUACCUAUUCCGAAUCAACGGAAACUCCCAAAACCCAUGAUGCAACAAACCAAGUAUCAAGUCCGGAGAUGUUUGAAAGCGAAGAUGAAGAAAACGACAAAACAGUAAAAAAAGAUUUCAGUGAAUUAUUGUCAAGGCAAAGUGACAAAUUGAGUUGGCAAGACUCGUUGUUAGAGGAUAAAUGUGUUGGACCGACGGAUGAAGAAUUGAUAGCGAAAUCCGAUUGUUACCUGCUAGCUAGAAUCAAUAAAUUUCUUGCCGGUGUUCCUCCACCACCGAAACACACAAUUUGUCAGAGCGAUUGUGGUGAUUUGCUGGCUUCUAUAAAAGCAAAUCGUCAAUAUUUUCUGAUCGAUCCUUUCCUCACUCGUAAAGAAAAAGAUGCGAAAGGGGAAAGCAUUACAACCAUAGAUCAAGAAACAAAAGCGUUGGAAAUAACAGUAACACUCGAAGUAACGAAUAAUAUCGAGAAAAAAGCGGAUCAGGAGGACAAAAUAGUACAGAAUCAUUCGAGCGAAUGCAGUUUUAAUAAUCAUCGCGGGAAAAGUAGUUUAAGAAAUUUGACAAAUGCCUUCAAUGCCUGUGAACGGAACGACGAAACGACCACAAGUUUUAAGGAUGAACCGAUGAGGAGAAAUUUUUCCGAAACUUGGAGCGCUUGUCGAACCAGCUUUGAAUCUACAAGCAAUGAAAAUAUAAUUGGCAACAUGAGAGAAAACGAUGAGACUGAGAAUGAAAAUAAUACAAGAUUUGAUGAAUCGACUUUGAGUAACCUCAGAACGAAAGAAAUGAUUACUAACAGGGAAAAAACUAAGCAUGUCACUUUUCAAAUGCCUGAGAAAGAGAUUGUUCCAUUUUUUAAGACUGUCAGUGUUGAGGAUGUAAUAGAUAUGCCGUGGGAUCUUGCUUAUAAGCAAAAAACACAUGGCAUUCAUUACAACCGAAGUAGAGUAGUCGAAGAAUACGAAGGCCUUACUUUAAAAUUAUGUCAACGUUACAUCGGAGCCGAAACGCAAUCGUCCUGCAAUAUAUGGUUCACGAAACAAGCACCGGGUAGCGUCAAAAAACGCAAUUUACUAUCACGUCGUAACAAUGGACAGAGUCCUGGAAAACGUCUGAGUCAUCUGGCACGUCGUAGACGCACGUUUUCUAGUGCCAAUCUGCAGGGUUUGGGAAUGGCGGACAAAAAACAGCUCGUUCUCAAUAUGAAGAAGCCAACGAUAAGAAAGGGCAAGAGCCCGCGAGGGAAAAGUCCACGGGGUAAAAGCCCACGUGGUUCAGGAAAAAAGAGGACAGGGUUAAGUAGAAUUUCGCCAAGUCCCCGAAAAACAAAGCUAGAAACAUCAAAGAGAGCGUUGUUUCAAAGUCCACCGGGGGAUCGCGCGGGCCCGAGCAACAGAACAUCAUCACUUGUAAAUGCGAGUUCACAACAAAGAAUUAAGAGGGCGCUCUUUCCGAUUUCUAAAUCUAAAAUCGAUAUAUCUGCUCCUCCGACAUUACACGCCAGUGAUAUAAAGAGAGCGCUAAAUUUCGAAGAUUCGAAGAAACGCAAGAACGAAGAGGAGCUCGAAGGUCCGCGAUUCAAAUGGGCCAAAAGUUUGUCCUUCGAUUGCACUCACAUUACUGAAAGCAAUUCCUCCGAUUCUUGGAUGAGUGAGAGGCAUUCGACAGGUAAUUUUCACAUGAAGAGUGAAUCUUCGUUCCAGCAAGUUAAAUCUGAGCUCAGUGAAGCUCACAGAAAAAAAUUAUUGUGGGCUAUUGCUGAAGCACUUCGCGGUAAAGGAAUCACCAUGGGACAUCCGCGAUUUAAGCAAUGUGCUUCGCAGCUCGCCCGGAUUGUCAAGAAGUACAUGCCAGAUUUGGAAAACCCAAAUUUGCCACGAAAGCCUGGGAGUACGAGUGAUCGUAUGCUUAGAUUGGCGAAACGUCAUGUACUCCUUAUUGUAGAGUCAAAAUCUACAGAUUAAAAAAAAAAAGUCUUUCUCGUUAUAAAUUUUGACGUUUCCACCGUUCGAUCAAGUUCUUCGAUUCGAUAGUUCGAUUUCUUCUCUUUCUUAUUUUGUUUUUGGUUUUUCCGUUUUUUAUUCUUUUUUUUUUAUGUAUAAUGACCAAGACCCAAGAGCUUCACCGAAAUCGACGACUAUCAAAACAGCCUUGUGUAAAUAACGGCGUAAAAAGAGUGACGGAUAAAUCAUAGAAUAAUUAUUUAAGCAUAUUUUUUUAUUAGCAAUAAAAUAGUAUAUUUUACAACCUAUAAAUAAUUAAUAAAAAGGCGUUUCACUUAAAUAAAAAAAAAACCGUAACUCAUC